GACACCCCUGGGAAUAUGAGAGACAAACAGAUGGCAUCUCAAGAUACCAGCACGCUCCAUUAACAACAGGGUUCCCAACGGCAGCAUCAUAUCUGGAUGAACCUGCUAGGCAGUCCUAUUGAAACAGGCAUCUCCACUACGAGUGGAUGGGCUUCCCAGGUGGCUCAGUGGGAAAGAACCCACCUACCAAUGCAGGAGACUCAGGUUCAAUCCCUGGUCUGUGAAGAGCCCCUGGAGAAGGGAAUGGCAACCCACUGCAGUGUUCUUGACUGGAGGAUCCUAUGGACAGAGGAGCCAGGCAGGCAAUAGUCCGUGGGGUCGCAAAGAGCUGUGUGUGACCUGAGCAGAUCUGAUCACGUUUCUUUUCAGAUCCAAGUCAACAAAAACACAGGAAUAAGGCAUGGUUCAGAAUAGCCAAAGCGUCCCACUCACAGCUACACACACCAGAGCAGGGAACGAAUUUUGCUUCGUGCUCAUCCCUCAGUCCAAGUAAAACACUUCCCCACCGUCACGUGCUUGAAUGCACAAAGGAGCGAAAAGCCGUGCAGAGGUCAGCAGAGCUAAAAUCUCUUCUUCAGGACUCCAGUUCCAAAUGGCUUAGGAACUCCAUUGGCAACAUCACAAUGUCAACAUUCCAAGGCAGUCCAGAGCCCCCCGAAUCAAGGGCUAGGAUGCCAGAGAAAGGAUGGAAUGCGAUCCCCGUGAAUCCUGGGAUUUGGUGUAAGGGCAAAGGCUAAGAAGCCGGAAGUGAAGAGACAAAUUCCGGCCAUACUACUGAAUCUGAACACCAUCCGAAGAAUGUCCCGUUUCAGUAACUGGAAGGCCUACCAGGUCAGCAGAAGCUUGAUGCCAUAUGACGACAUCAGAGCGCCCAGUGAGAGGAGGAAGAAGAAGGAAGCCCUGUCUGAAGAGCAGCCCCAGGCCCUUGGUCAGAGGCUGCUGAAGGGAGAAGGGGCCCAGGUCACGGGCAACAAGGCCAGGGAUGCCGGCGACGACAAGGCCGCGGAGGACAGAGCUUCUCUUGGCAAAAGAGAGUCCCGGAAGGACGCCAGGGGAACAGACUGGAAGCUGCCGGUCCCCCUGGGACCUGUUUAUCCACCUUUGGUCUCGAGUCUGAGCUCCGUGAAAGCCCUGGGACGAAGCUGGGAACUGACUCCUCCGACAGCAAACAGGUUCCGAAUAAACGACGUGCAUGCGGCCCACCUGCCUCAGCAGGGCCCCUUCCAGAACUUCAUGGACAUGAAGACGGAGAAGAGGCUGGCCGGCCGCAAGGAGCGUCGCAGCCGCUUUGGAGACAUCAACACUCACAAGUGCUAUCAGUUUGGACAGGUUUUCUGCCCUUUCCAGGCCCUCGCCACCACGGAGAUGCGAAGACUGGUUUUCCCCCGAGACCUGCCCCUGAGCCCACACAUGCAGAGACUGGGCGUCUCCUGCCCCACCGAAGCGGGUCUUCAGGACUUACCCUUGUCUUCCGCAGAACUGGGCUUGGGGAAGAACGCCAACAACCAUGAAAAGGAGAAACCGUCGAGCCACGUGAAAACACCUCUAUUCCCCCCAAUAGUUAAGGCAACAAAUUCUAAUGACAGGAGAUAAUAAACAUUGCAAAACUGCAUGUGGCCUCUUGCUGUGAGGGUUAAAACAGCUCCCCAGGACUUGAGAAUUGCUCAUUCUCUAACCCAACUUAAGGCAUUCCAUCAACACGCCUCUCUGAACAGUCUGGGAAGG